AUGACUCGUACCCCCUCUGCCCCCGGCUUCGCGCAGUUCUUUCCCACUGCCCCCAAGGUGAAGGCUGAGGCUGAGGGUCGGGGCGAUGAGCAUCAGUUGGGACCUGGGCCCGACGGCCUCACAGAUGACCGCUCAUCGCAGCAUCCGCAUACCAACGGUGGUAUAUCUCGCCCCGACGAGGCCGAUCCCCAUCUAAGCGAUAUACCGGGCACUGGCGACUCGGGAAGCUCAUACGCAUCGACAGUCCUCAACAGCGCUCGCUCAGGCAGCUCGCACGGUAGCAACGUCCCUUCCGUGUUUAGCAGCGACCGCUCGGGCACCACCGCUCCCGUUACCACAUCCGCGUAUCGCCAUCCCACCACGAGCGAUACCCCUCUCACCUCGAAAGACUCACCGCUCACCCCAGGGACUACGAACCCCGACAUGGCUUCCUCGUCGUCAUUGGCGCCUACCAGUUGCGUUGCCAACCCGGCUUCGUCUAGCCACAAUGGCCUCACAUCUCACAGCUCAUCGCCACCUACCUCCGAACCUAUCAUUCCUGCGCGAGAUCCCAUGCCGUCAGUCAAGGGUAUCAAGUGUACUUUUGACCCGCUCCUCGAACGACUUCGCAAUAAGGUUGUGAGCAGAUCUGGCAGACCUACAUAUAAGGAGUUUGGAUUGGAAAAUGACGCCCCCCCUACAGAUCCUCGGCUGUCCAAGCCCGGAGGCCGCCUAGGAUAUAUCAAUACCGACUUUUAUCUUCCAAAAGCACGACUACGCCCCGCACCAGAGAACAUCAGGCCCUAUCCCUACGACCCCAAGACAUCUGUCGGUCCUGGUCCACCGACCCAGAUAGUUGUUACCCGCUACAACCCUCUUGUAUCUUUUAACAAGGUGACGGCUGUGUUCGCUACCUUUGGAGAGAUUGCUGAGAGCAGCAAUAAGAUGCACCCUGACACUGGUAGCUAUCUUGGCUUUGGGACGAUCCGCUAUCGCGACUCAAAGCGACCUGACCGACCCCCGGUCUCUGCAUUUGACGCCGCACGGAGAGCCGUAAGAGCUCGCGGCAUCAAGGUCGACACAGACAUAGUCAAGGUUGAGUAUGAUCCUGAGGGUCGCAAGAGUCGUCGCAUGCUUGAGGAGCACCUGCGGAGGGAUAGGGAGAAGCAGGCCAAGAUGAACCAAGCCCAGGCCAAGGCUGCCGCAGCCGCAGCCGCAGCAGCGGCCUCAGAUAUGAAGGCCCCCCCGACAGGACCUAAGUCAACGACACCGGCUGGUUUCGUUAGGGCUCCCCCGACAGCCCCCAAAGGUCUCGCGCCUCACAAGCCGCCUGUGGCCUCCGCCCUUCCUACUGCAUCCGCCGCCAGCAGCGCCCCAGCUCUGACUCGGGCCUCCCAACCGCCCGCCAAUGCAGUGACCCUCGCUUCGCAGCUCUCAAACGAUCCCUACAUCUUCAUCCCCUCUGAGGCAGUACCUAUACUCACUAGCAUUGUGCCCCACAUGAAACGACGUCUCAAAAACUACUCGUUCGAGGACAUUCGGCUAGAUCCCAGCGGGUACUAUAUAUCUUUUCGAAAAAGCUUCAACGGUCGCUCAGAGGCUGAGCGAUGCUUCCGUGCUGUCAACCAUACCGAGUUCUUCAACUACGACAUGGCCAUGCAGCUCUGCCUGCCCCGGUCCGGGGGCCUUUCUUCGGCCGAACCCCGUGUUUCUAGUCGCAGCCCGCAGAGGAGUGAGCGAACAACUGCUCGACCCAGAGAUGAGGAGAAGGAGCGCCGUCGUCGCGAGGAUGAAGCGGACCUCGAGGAAGAGAAGAAACAGCGGGCCAAGAACUUCGACCCCGUCAUGGAAGCUGUCGAAGCUGUCCGUCGCGAGAUGACGGAGCACUUGAUCCGACACAUUCAGACGCAGGUGGCAGCACCGUCACUAGAAGAGUUCCUUGCACCGGCUAACCACGCCGCUCAGCGUAGGAAGCUGAACCUUGACAGGGGUGAAGAUACGGAAGAUGACUUUACAUUGGACGAUGGCAAUGACAGCUCUCGUAUCGGCACACCCGCGCCCCGUACCGACCCUAUUGAGCGCCGGACGGGACGGGCCAAGGUUGAACCGAAGAAGGUGAACGCGCUGCCCAGGAUCCGCAAGGCCAAGGUCAGCGGUCAGGCCCAAAGGAGCACGUUUGUUGAUCCCUUUGCCCGCAAGAGACCCAUCGAGCGGCCCAACGCUUUCCGUUCAUUGCACCACCGUCUCAAGAGCAUGGACAGCGAUGUUGAGUCCGAGGAAGACAGCGACGUGAGAGCCCUUGCUGCCCGCGACAGCGAGGACCGGUCGUCGCGACCGCAGAGCCGCAUGAGCAGCGACGAGGAGGCCUUCAAGGAAGACGAGCUCGGCUCAUGGGGUCCCGGCGAGGACGAUUCUAUGACGGAUGUCAGCCUAGUGCCUGUCCCGCUGGCUAAGAAGCGCAAGCUGAAGGCAUCUGUCGAGGCUGCCUUUAAAAGGCAGAAGAAGUCUAACGAGGAGUUGUUUGGCAUCAAGAUUGGGCACACUGAAGGCGAACUGCGAGAUCGUGAGAUGACGGAGGAUAGUAGCCUCUCUCGUUCACAGACGCCGAUGCCUACCAUCACAGCGCCAAAGGGUGGCAAGAAGAAAACGACGGCCAAGGCUAAGAAGAAGUCGAAGAAGCAGAUCUUUGAGGAACGCGAGGCUCUCAAACAGCAAGAGGCGGCGACAAAUGCCGAUGGCGGAGAGAAGGAAGAGCCGACACCGGCGCCGGCCACCGAGGAAAGGCCACUUCUAUCAAGGGAGCCUGAAGAAGUUGAGCCUGAAGGAUUUGACGAGAAGAGGUUUGCCAAUCAGCCAUUGGUGCCGGUACUCAAGCUUUCCGACAAUUUUACACCCGACAUUGCGACUCUGGACAAGCUCGUGCUGGGUCUCAAGGAUACACCAGAUCUGGCAAGACUGGGUAAAAAAUUUAACAUUGGACAGAUCGGAUCACCAGAGCUCUGGCUGUGGAAGCGCAACCGCGUGCGGCAGCUCAACUCUAUGGACGGAGACGUGACGCGCCCCGUGUCAAUUGAGGGCUACUACGUGCCCAACCCGACGGGAUGCGCACGAACCGAGGGGACCAAGAAGAUCCUCAACUCGGAGAAGUCCAAGUACUUGCCUCACCACAUCAAGCUGCAAAAGGCGCGCGAGGAGCGCGAGGCCAGCGGCAGCAGCGGCGUCACUAGCAAGGAGUCGGAAGCGGCCAAGCUAGCGGCAGAGAAGGCGACCAAGGGCAAUAGCCGAGCGAAUCGUGCGACGAACCGACGGUACGUGGCGGACCUCAACGACCAGAAAAAGACGCUCGGCCAGGACUCGGACGUGUUCAAGUUCAACCAGCUCAAGAAGCGCAAGAAGCCGGUCAAGUUUGCCCGGUCGGCCAUCCAUAACUGGGGCCUUUACGCCAUGGAAAAUAUUGCCAAGGACGACAUGAUUAUCGAGUACGUGGGUGAGGUGGUGCGGCAGCAGGUUGCCGAGAUCCGCGAGAAACGCUAUCUCAAGAGCGGCAUAGGCAGCAGCUACCUCUUCCGCAUAGACGACAGCACGGUCGUGGACGCGACUAAGAAGGGAGGCAUAGCACGCUUCAUCAACCACAGCUGUAUGCCCAACUGCACGGCCAAGAUUAUAAAGGUCGAGGGGAGCAAGCGCAUUGUCAUUUAUGCCCUACGUGACAUUGCCAUGAACGAAGAACUCACCUACGAUUACAAAUUCGAGCGAGAAAUCGACAGCGUCGACCGCAUCCCUUGUCUCUGCGGAACCCCAGCAUGCAAAGGAUUCCUCAACUAG